UUUGCACGUGCGCAUGUAACUUUUGGGUGUUGUUUUGCGCCUUGCCGCCCGCUCUUUUGUCUCGCCUUCCCUGGAAAAGACCGUAAGUUUUUUUGGGUGCAUAAAUGGGCAAGAACAAGCCCUUGACAGGAAGAAAGAAGACACUUCAGUUGAGUGGCGCAAGAAAGUUGGAAUCAGGUUCCCCACUGAGUGGAAGGGGCAUUUACACCCAAACUGCUACUAACCCUGCCUCAGACCCUGAAAUCUCCACGGAGAGCCCUAGUUCCCAACCAGGUAUAUAAAAGACAAAAACAACCAGGGAGGCAUACGCAGGAUGCCGUGCCUGGUGUUGUACAAUACGAGUUGAAAAACGCAUGAUUUUAUUAAUGCUCCUUUCUUUCCAGUCGUUGUUAUGGCCACUCUUCAGCAGCUUGCUGACAUGCGUGUAUGUGUUUAUACCGUAGGUCUGGUUGCCACGGUAACCGACACCCUCCCCGGGUGUUUCUAUUUAGUGCACGCCACCUCUCAUCGUGCCUUGUUUUCUCUCUUUCUCUCUCGUUUCUCUGCUUCAGAAGUGCAGGAGACGGUCGAACAGGAAGAAGAAAAAGGAAAACUCGCUGAUUUUAUGAAAGCAAUCCACACGCUGGGAAGCAGAGAAGAUAUCGAACCACCUAAUGAAAUUGGAGAAGACAAGGAGAGUGUUAAUAUGGCUGAGCAAGAACCUACUCUGCAAUCUGGAGCUCCCUCUGUUGGUGAAGUGCCAACUUCAUUCUGGCACCAAGUGAUGGACUCUAACAGCAACCAUCCAUACUACUGGAGCCCCGUGACUAACGAAGUAUCUUGGACAUUACCUGAUGGAGGGGUA